GUUCUCUUCCUCUCGUUUUCGGCCCAACGUCUUCGCCGUCACCGUCACCGUCACGAUUCAGCUCCGAUUACCGGCGAUUAACGGUUUUGAGUCCCGUUACCGUUAAAUCUCCCAUUUCGUUUCUCAUCUUCGCUCUCAAAUUCUCUAAUUCGAGACCCUGAUCAUCUCCGAUUAUCUGCUUCUUCCGAAAUUCGAAGACUUGGGUCCUGCAGGGACACUUACUCCGGCGAAGAAGAUCGAGGAAAGGUUCAAUUUUUGUAAUUUUUUUUUUUCGGAUUCGAUGGUCGCAGACGCGAUUAGGGUUUGCGCGGAGGUUCCCGGACCAUCGAAACCGACCGGUUCGUCUCUCACGGAGUCUACCUCUCGCACGGAGACAAUCAACGGCUCGCACGAAUUCAAGAUCAGCGGAUACUCUCUGGCCAAAGGGAUGGGGAUAGGCAAAUACGUGGCCUCCGAGACCUUCGUGGUCGGUGGACACUCGUGGGCGAUCUACUUCUACCCGGACGGGAAGAGCCCCGAGGAUAACUCUGCUUACGUGUCUCUCUUCAUAGCGCUCGCGAGCGAAGGAGCUGACGUCAGGGCUUUGUUUGAGCUGACGCUCGUUGAUCAGAGCGGUAACGGGAGGGAUAAGGUUCAUAGCCAUUUCGGGAGGUCUCUCGAGAGUGGUCCUUAUACUCUCAAGUACCGAGGGAGUAUGUGGGGUUACAAACGGUUUUUCAAGAGGACGCUGCUUGAGUCGUCUGACUAUCUGAAGGAUAAUUGUCUCUUGGUUCGGUGCUGUGUUGGCGUGGUGAAGUCGAGCACGGAGGGGCCGAGGAGUUAUAAUAUCCCGGUGCCGGUUUCUGACUUGGGUUAUCAGUUUGGGAAGCUUUUGGAGAGUGGGAGAGGAGCUGAUGUUACUCUCCAUGUUGAUGGAGAAAGGUUCCUUGCUCAUAGAGUGGUUCUUGCAGCUCGUUCUCCUGUUUUCAGGGCGCAGCUUUUUGGACCGUUGAGAAACCGUGAUACCAAACGCAUAAACAUAGAAGAUGUUGAAGCCCCCGUUUUCAAGAUGUUACUCCAUUUUAUCUACUGGGACGAAUUGCCUGAUAUGGAAGACUUGAUGGGCACAGACUUGAAAUGGGCAUCGACACUUGUGGCUCAGCAUCUGCUUGCGGCUGCAGACCGUUAUGCUCUUGAGCGGCUUAGAACAAUCUGCGAGUCAAAACUGUGUGAAGGAAUCAGUAUAAACACGGUUGCGACCACCUUGGCUUUGGCAGAGCAGCAUCAUUGUUUCCAGCUGAAAACUGCAUGCCUCAAAUUCAUAGCUUUGCCAGAAAACCUGAAAGCUGUGAUAGAAACGGAUGGGUUUGAUUAUCUGAAGGAAAGCUGUCCGGGCUUACUAAGUGAGCUUCUGGAGUCUGUUGCUAGGCUGAGUGAGCAUUCUUUAGCAUUAACGGGGAAUAAUAGGAAGGAGUUUUAUCCUGAUGGCUGUGACGUGAAUGGAAGACGCGUGAAGCAGCGGUUACACUGAGAGAGAGAUAGAGAGACUGAUGAUGUUGGAGCCCCAUUUGGUAAAAACAGGAUUCUAGAAGAGUCGAGAUUUGUGAAUUUGUCAUCUGUAAAAGGAUUAGUGAUUGGUUAUGUAUGUACGUGUUUGUCCAGCAAGUAGAGUGAGAUGUUUCUCUUUGUAACUUUUUUUUUUCUUUCACCCUCUGUAAAAACCGCCUCUCUCAAGGAAAAGUUACAUGCAAAUUCAGUGAUGAAUCAAGAGCUGUUUGAAUUUGAA